GUUAGAGAUAGACCACGGAGGUCAAGUCAACCAUAGUCGACCGGUGGCACUCCGCUAGCUUUAAAACCUCCCUUGUCUCGAGCAGCAGCUAACACAUCGAGCAGCAGCAUGAUGCAAGUACAAGGCUAAACCUCCAAGAAAAACAAAAUGGCGAUCUCCCUGAUCCCCUGGCAGCUCCUCCCUCAGCUCCAGCUGCCCCAACAAUGGCAGCAGCUCCUCCUCGGUCUCGGCCUCCUGCUGCCUGCUGUUCUGGUUCUGGUAGUGAGGAGCAGGAGAAGGCUCAAGCUGCCGCCGGGACCAGCGCGGCUGCCGGUGCUAGGCAACCUGCACCAGCUGGGCUCGCUUCCGCACCGGAGCCUGCGGGAGCUGGCACACCGGCACGGUCCCGUGAUGAUGCUGCGGCUGGGCGCGACGCACAUGCUGGUUGUGUCGUCGGCGUCGGCGGCGCGUGAGGUGCUCAAGGUGCACGACGCCGACUGCUGCAGUAGGCCGGCGUGCCCUGGGCCCAAGCGGCUGUCGUACGGGUUCAAGGACAUGGCGUUCGCUCCCUACGGCGAGCACUGGCGCGAGAUGCGCAAGAUCUUCAUCGUGGAGCUCGUCAGCAUGCGCCGCGUCAAGGCCGCGUGGGGCGCGCGCCAGGAGCAGGUGGACAAGCUCAUGGCCGCCCUGGCCCCCAAUGAGCCUGUGGUGCUCGGCGAGCACAUCUUCGCGUUCACCGACGGCAUCAUCGGCACGGUGGCGCUCGGGAACGUCUACGGCGCGGACAUGUUGGCGCGCAAGAAGCACUUCCAGCAUGUGCUUGACGAAGCCAUGGACAUGCUGGCCACCUUCUCCGCCGAGGACUUCUUCCCCAACGCCGCCGGUCGCCUUGUCGACCGCCUCACCGGCCUCACCGCCCGCCGUCACCGGCUCUUCGGCAACCUCGACGACUUCUUCGAGACGGUCAUCGAGCAGCACCUGGACCCCGCGCGGCCGAAGCCGGAGAACGGCGGCGACCUCGUCGACGCCCUCAUCGACCUCUGGAAGGAGGAGCACCGUGGCUUCACCAAGGACAACGUCAAGGCCAUCAUCAUGGACACUUUUGUGGGUGGCAUCGACACAAGCUCGGUGACGAUCCUGUGGGCGAUGUCCGAGCUGAUCCGGAACCCGCGGGUGCUGAAGAAGGCGCAGGAGGAGAUCAGGGCGGCGGUGGGCGAGCCGCGCGCCCGGGUGCAGCCGGACGACCUGCCCAAGCUCAACUACCUCAAGCUGGUCCUCAAGGAGACGCUGAGGCUGUACCCGCCGGCGACGCUGCUGCUGCCGCGGGAGACGAUGCGGCACGUCAAGAUCGGCGGCUACGACGUGCCGGCGGGGACGAGGGUCGCCGUCAACGCGUGGGCCCUCGGGAGGGACCCGGCGAGCUGGGGCGAGGACGCGGAGGAGUUCAACCCAGACAGGUUCGAGGCCGGAGGGGCGCACGGCGAGGUGGACCUCCACGGCGCGCACUUCGAGCUGGUGCCGUUCGGCGCCGGGCGGCGGAUCUGCCCGGGCUUGGCAAUGGCGCUGGUGAACGUGGAGUUCGCGCUGGCCAACCUGCUGUGCGGCUUCGACUGGGCGCUGCCGGAGGGGACCAAGGCGGAGGACCUGAGCAUGGAGGAGGCCGGCGGGCUGACCUUCCACCGCAAGACGCCGCUCAUUCUCGUGCCCACCCCGUACGUACCGCCGUCCGCCGCUGCUUAAUUUAAUUCCAGCGACAGCUCAGUUUCAGCCCAAAUUUGUCGCUUUAUCCUGCUGCAACUACGUACUUGCUGUAAUUUUUGUUUGUUUGUUUGUUGAGCUGUGCAUGUCUGGGCACCAGGGACAAAAUGUAUUGAAGGAAUAAUAAUAAACUGGCAGCCAUUUUUAUUUGGA